GGGGGGAAAAAAAAUCUGGGAACAGGAGGGAUUGGGCUGAGCUAGCCGCACUUGGGGAACCGCGCGGACCUUCUGCUGGGACUCCGGCCCCGCGUCUGCUUAGCCCAGUGGCCCCGCGCAUCUACCACCAUGGAGCUGCGGACUCGUCUCGGGGCCACCUGUUUGCUGGGCUUCAGUUUCCUGCUCCUUAUCACCUCUUCUGAUGGACAUAUUGGGCUUGGAAAGGGUUUUGGAGAUCACAUUCAUUGGAGGACACUAGAAGAUGGGAAGAAAGAAGCAGCUGCCAGUGGAUUGCCCCUGAUGGUGAUUAUCCAUAAGUCCUGGUGUGGAGCUUGCAAAGCUUUAAAGCCCAAAUUUGCAGAGUCUACAGAAAUUUCAGAACUUUCCCAUAAUUUUGUUAUGGUAAAUCUUGAGGAUGAAGAGGAGCCCAAGGAUGAAGAUUUCAGCCCUGAUGGGGGUUAUAUUCCACGAAUCCUUUUCCUGGAUCCCAGUGGCAAAGUGCGUCCUGAAAUCAUCAACGAAAAUGGAAACCCCAGCUACAAGUAUUUCUACAUCAGUGCUGAGCAAGUUGUUCAGGGGAUGAAGGAAGCUCAGGAAAGGCUGACGGGUGAUGCCUUCAGGGAGAAACAUCUUGAAGAUGAGUUGUAACAUGAAUGUAUCCCUUCUUUCAUCAAAGUUAGUGUUUUGAAAGAAAAGCAGCAGGGGAGGGAAUAUUAAGGAAUCGCUGUGAACAAUAAACCUACCAGGAGACCCUGCUCCUGCCCUCAUGGGAAGGAGCUCUCUCACUGUGGAAGAGUUUUGCUAGCAGAAGCUGGUCCAUGUUUGUGGAUCCAGCAGAGGGUGGCAGACUUCCUUCUCCUGCCCCCUCUCACCUGAACAUCUGUUUGUCAUUGAAUGUAAAGAGUAACACCUUUUGACACAAAACUUGAGCCAUUUGGAAGUUUACUCCGCAUACUUAAGUAUUUGAAUCUUUUUCCAUUUCCUCCCGCUGUACUCACCUUGGUGAAAGGAGACCAGUGGCAUUUUUUCUACAAUGUUAAAAAAAUUGCAGAAA